UCUUAUGCGAUCUGAAUUCUCGAGGAAGUGGAGUGAUUUGGAUCACUUCCGUUCAGACAUUGCUUUCCACGAUCUGCUAUUUUUUUUCCUGGAGUUUCUGCUUCCGUAAUUCAGCUCUUCGUCGUCUUCUUCUUCGUUUCUACUUACUAAGCUGACCUGAAUCCGGCUAUUGAGUUGAGAAGACGUUGGAUUUGUGAUGGCCGUAGCUUCUGAAUCGCAGUUUCAUGUUCUGGCUGUGGAUGACAGUCUCAUUGAUCGAAAGCUGAUCGAGAGGCUGCUCAAGGCUUCGUCUUUUUUAGUGACCACAGUGGAUUCUGGAAGCAAGGCUCUGGAGUUUCUAGGUCUUCAACGGAAUGAGGUUGAGGUGAAUAUGGUGAUCACAGACUACUGUAUGCCUGGAAUGAGCGGGUACGAUCUGCUUAAAAGAAUAAAGGAUUCAUCAGCUUUAAAGGAUAUCCCAGUUGUAAUCAUGUCAUCUGAGAAUGUGCCUUCCAGGAUAAAUAGAUGCUUAGAAGAAGGAGCCGAGGAAUUCUUACUAAAACCAGUAAAGCUAUCAGACAUGAACAGGCUCAAACCUCACAUACUAAAAUGGAAAUCCAAAGAUCAAAAGCAGAUUAUCAACAGCAAAACUGAUCUCAGCAAUAGCAACAUCAUCAAAAGAAAAUCAAUGGAUGAGGGGCUUUCUUCCUGCAUCAAUAAAUGGAUAAGGGAAUUUCUACUAAAAAGAAGAGGUCCAGAUUCUCAAGUAACAAUGACAGAACUUGACAGGGUUGUGAUAUUUGAGAAUUUCUGUAUUGGUCCCACAAUAAAUCUGAGAGCAUUGAAAUUUCCAUCUUUUAUGAUCAGUCGCCUUCCAUUGAUUUCUUUCUUGAUUAUUUUACUGUUUUUUUGGUUGUUUGUAACAGGGAAAUCUACAAACUUACAUUUGUUGCAUUCAAUUUUGAUGUGAUUAGGAGAUCUUAAUCUAUUUUUGUGCAAAAUUUGUUGUAAGUUUGAUGUAGGAGAAGGAACUGGAUGCCUUUAAUAUAUUUUGCAUUAUUGAUUCC